UCUAGUGGACGGAACGCUUCUUUCAGCAGCAGCAACAGUUAGUCCCCCACCUCGGUAGCUUGCUAGCCAAAAUAGCCGAACCAAUAAAGCUCUUUAGACGCUUUAGUGUAUAUUAGCCACUGUAUUUUAAACCCUUGUCUGUCGUCUAGUUAGUUAGUUAUCCUAUUUCAUUUCAUAUUUACGGUGUUGUUAUUAUUCAGCUGGCGGGCUGGUUAAGUUAGCAUUAGCCUAGCUAGCUAACAUCUCCGACCAUGAGUUCACUAAAUUACUCUCUUCCUGCUGAAGAAGAGACGGUCUGCUGGACGGAGAAAGAAGCUCUCAUCAAAGAGGAGGAGGAAGAGAAGGAUGUUACAAUACAAAAACAAGUAGAGGGUGAGGCUGUUACAGGGAAAGAAGAAGAUAAAGACGUUUCAGUGAAAGAAGAGGAAGACGUUACAGUGAAAGAAGAGGCGUUCAGAGUGAAAGAGGAGGAGGGUGUUACAGUAAAAGAUGAGGAGGAUUCAGUUUUUGAAGUGAAAGCGGAGGAUGGGGAGAUUACGGUCUCAUCGGAAGAGGAGGAGGAGGAAACUGGAUAUCUGGGCCCGAUUUCCCAAACGCAAUUUAAGGCAUCCAGUGGUUCUAAAGAUGAACUUAGCCAUAAGAUGGUUUUGAGAAACCGGGCCGUGAUUACCACUGGAGAGAUACGGGACAGUCGUGGAUCCUCUGGGGAGCCUCAACAACCUCAUGAUGCUGACGAGGCAGAGAAGAGUCUCUCCAGAUCAGAACGCCUCAAUAAACACCUGCAGAGAUCCACAGGGAAGAGAACUCACUGCUGCUCUGACUGUGGGAAGAGAUUCACCUCAUCAGGCAUUAAAAUUCAUCAAAGGAUCCACACAGGAGAGAAACAUUAUAGCUGUGAUCAAUGUGGGAAGAGUUUUACUACAUUUGACUCUCUGACAGUACAUCAGAAAAUACACACAGGAAAGAAACCUUAUAGCUGUGUUCAAUGUGGGAUGAGUUUUAAAGCAUCUAGCAAUCUGACUACACACCAGAGAACACACACAGGAGAUAAACCUUAUAGCUGUGAUCAAUGUGGGAAGAGUUUUACUACAUUUGACUCUCUGACAGUACACCAGAAAAUACACACAGGAGAGAAACCUUAUAGCUGUGAUCAAUGUGGGAAGAGUUUUACUACAUCUAGCUAUCUGACAGUACACCAGAGACUACACACAGGAGAGAAACCUUAUAGCUGUGUUCAAUGUGGGAAGAGUUUUACUGCAUCUAGCAAUCUGACAGUACACCAGAGAACACACACAGGAGAGAAACCUUAUAGCUGUGAUCAAUGUGGGAAGAGUUUUGUUACGUCUAGAAAUCUGACUAUACACCAGAGAACACACACAGGAGAGAAAUUAUAUAUUUGUGAUGAAUGUGGGAAGAGUUUUACAACUUCUGGCUAUCUGACAGUGCACCAGAGAAGACACACGGGAUAUAAACCUUAUAGCUGUGGUCAAUGUGGGAAGAGUUUUUGUCAAUCUAGUGAUCUGACAGUGCACCAGAGAACACACACAGGAGAGAAAUCGUAUAACUGUGAUCAAUGUGGGAAGAGUUUUACUACAUCUGGCUCUCUGACUUUACACCAGAGAACACACACAGGAGAGAAACCUUAUAGCUGUGGUCAAUGUGGGAAGAGUUUUUGUCAAUCUAGUGAUCUGACAGUGCACCAGAGAACACACACAGGAGAGAAAACGUAUAGCUGUGAUCAAUGUGGGAAGAGUUUUACUACAUCUGGCUCUCUGACUUUACACCAGAGAACACACACAGGAGAGAAAUCUUAUAGCUGUAAUCAAUGUGUGAAGAGUUUUGUUACAUCUGGGCAGCUGAAUGUACACCAGAGAAAACACACAUUAUAGAAAUCUUAUAGCUGUGAUCAAUGUGGGAAGAGUUUUACUCAGUCAAACAACACCAGAGAACACACACAGGAGAGAAACCUCUUAGCUGUGACCAGAGGUAAUCUGAUAAAAGAUCUCUGACUAAACAUCAGAAAAUACAUGAAGCAGUUGUUUCAUGAUGUCAAUUAAUUAAUUUAACAUUGUAGUAGGAGUAUUUUAAUGAUGUCACAAUGUAGAAUCUUUUAACAUUGUAGUAGGAGUAUUUUAAUGAUGUCACAAUGUAGAACCCUAAACGUUUGUCCCCUGUUCUAUUGAUUUCAACAUGAUAUGGAUAUUAGCCUCAGGGGGAAAAUACCAGGCUCUGAAUUGGAAGAGUACUAUUUAUGAGAUUUAGUAAGUACACAUUAUUCCCAGAUUCCGUGUGGUUUUUGAGCUGUUAGUUUUAACAGGACGUGCAACCUCAUCUCCCUCCUGUCGCACAAAUGAUUUUAGCAUGAUAUCGAUUAGUUAUGACAAAUUAGUGUUGCGUUCCUUUGUUUAGCGACCCCUACAUAUAAAUGCAUUCCAACAUCACGUACAACCUGAUUUCCCCCCUAAUCGAUAUCAGUGAUUUAUUGCUACUUGUCAAAACAACACUGUUUCUGGUGCUUGUGCAGUUUAUAAGGAGCUUGUUUAAAAAAAUACAAGAAAUAUGAUUAUUGUGGCAGAUGUUUGUGUAAAUAGCACAUGUUAUGUUUAGGUUUUCAAUUUAUCCCAAACUGUUUCUGCAUAUUGGUUAUUGAUUUGGACAUGUUAAAACUGUGUUUUGACAUUGAGGCUAUCCCACCUAGCACAAUGUAAUUGAAAAGUCAUUGAAAAUAAGACUAUGCAAUAAAAUAUAUUUUUUAACAUUUUUUAUUAUACCAUGCCUUACCAUUAAGUGAAUUAUUGACAAUACAUAUUAUCAAAGGGGUGUACAUUUGGUUUUGGUAAUUCAUGUUUACAAUUCAUGUAACUUUUAGUAAUCAUAAUUAUUUAUGCAAUCAACUGACAAUUUUCGGGUAUAAUUAUAUUGACAUUGUUGCCCUUCUUUUAGAAUAGCAGGGUUAAUUCUCAGAUGUGACAACCCAAAUGUACUAGAGCAUGAUAUUGGGGACUGGGCCCCGAUCCAACAACAUGCCUAUCGAGUGAACUCUGAAAAGAGAGAGAAGCUCCGCAGUGAGGUGGAAAGUUACUAUGGUUAUUGCAGGAGUUUCCUCUUGAAAUCAGACAUGUCCGUGUUAAGGACAACUUGGUUGCUGAUUGUUUCAAGGGUGGGCAGCCAUAGUUUUGCGUUUAGCCAUUGCGUUGCCAUGGAUCAAUUUAUUUUGACUGCACGUUUUUCCGUAUUGGAGAUGAGUUU